GUACUCCCUUGUGUUAGAUCCAAGAAGCAACCACAAACAAGAAUCAACAACAAGAGAGGAGGAGGAAGAAGAAGAGAUCGAAGAUGGCCGACGGCGAGGACAUCCAGCCGCUGGUGUGCGACAACGGGACAGGUAUGGUGAAGGCCGGGUUCGCCGGCGACGACGCGCCCCGGGCGGUGUUCCCCAGCAUCGUGGGGCGGCCGCGGCACACGGGGGUCAUGGUGGGCAUGGGGCAGAAGGACGCGUACGUGGGCGACGAGGCGCAGUCCAAGCGUGGUAUCCUCACCCUCAAGUACCCCAUCGAGCACGGCAUCGUCUCCAACUGGGACGACAUGGAAAAGAUCUGGCAUCACACCUUCUACAACGAGCUCCGCGUGGCCCCCGAGGAGCAUCCCGUCCUGCUCACCGAGGCGCCCCUCAACCCCAAGGCCAACCGUGAGAAGAUGACCCAGAUCAUGUUCGAGACCUUCAACACCCCCGCCAUGUACGUCGCCAUCCAGGCCGUGCUCUCCCUCUACGCCUCCGGGCGAACCACCGGUAUCGUGCUCGACUCCGGUGACGGUGUGAGCCACACGGUGCCCAUCUACGAGGGGUACGCGCUGCCCCACGCCAUCCUCCGUCUCGACCUCGCCGGACGCGACCUCACCGACCACCUCAUGAAGAUCCUCACGGAGCGCGGCUACUCCUUCACCACCACGGCGGAGCGCGAAAUCGUCCGCGACAUGAAGGAGAAGCUCUCCUAUAUCGCCCUCGACUACGACCAGGAGAUGGAGACCUCCAAGACCAGCUCCUCCGUGGAGAAGAGCUACGAGCUGCCCGACGGCCAGGUCAUCACAAUCGGCGCCGAGCGCUUCCGCUGCCCGGAGGUGCUCUUCCAGCCAUCCUUCAUCGGGAUGGAAGCCGCGGGGAUCCACGAGACCACCUACAACUCCAUCAUGAAGUGUGAUGUGGACAUCAGGAAGGACCUCUACGGCAACAUCGUCCUCAGUGGUGGCACCACCAUGUUCACCGGCAUCGCCGACAGGAUGAGCAAGGAGAUCACCGCCCUCGCGCCCAGCUCCAUGAAGAUCAAGGUCGUCGCCCCGCCCGAGAGGAAGUACAGUGUGUGGAUCGGAGGCUCCAUCCUCGCCUCCCUCAGCACCUUCCAGCAGAUGUGGAUCGCCAAGGCCGAGUACGACGAAUCCGGACCAUCCAUCGUCCACCGGAAAUGCUUCUAGAUACUCAUAUAUCCACCCCAUUCCAUCGUCAUUAUCUUACCUUAUCAUCAUCAUCAUCAUCAUCACCAAACAAAACAAAAGUAAAGGCGCGCCGACGAUGCAUGGGAUCAUCACUACUACUGCUGCCG